UUUCCUGUCCAUCUAGCUUUCUUCAAGAUGAGAGUGUUCGGGCUUCUUUCGUUGGCCUUGCUGUUCAGUAUGGCGGUGUCUGAAGAAGAAAAUUGUUUUGGGAACACCUGUGAAGAAUGCAUGAGAAACAGCGAGUCUGGAAGAUGUAUCUGGUGUGGAGCCGCGAACUUUACUUCCGGUCCUCGCUGUAUGUACAUAAGAAAUUUCAAAAUGAGACAGAAGUGCCCUGGAAGUCUUGUCCACUGGCCUACAAAGCUAACCUACAUUAAAAGCAGGGGGUUUUCCGAUUCGGUUAUUAUAGGGAAUGAUAUCAACAAGUAUGCAGGUCGUAAAGGUGGUGUAACCGAUCACAGAAUUGGUGUGAAGGUACCUGAUACAAUGUCCAGGAAAAAGAAGGUCACAGCUGUUGUUAUUUUACCAAAACCUGGAAAUGACGACCCAGUACAGGUCACCGUAGACGUGGAGUGCAGUAAGAGAGUUGUUUCAAAGAAAAAUCCAUACAAAGUAAAAUGUAAAAAAUUGAAGCGAGGAGAAGAGUUUUACAUAACAGUAAAGGUGAAAUUUUUGAAGGAUAUGACAACGAAAGAGAAAAAGAAGUUAAAACUUAGGGUCAAAAUCGGCAAACUAAAACAAGUUCUUCGAAUCUUUGCCUCCGGGAUUGAACCUUGUAAAUGCAGCACAAAGAAAACAAAUGCCCCUACCUGCAAAUGGAAAGAUUCCAAAGGUAGCAAAGGCAACAGCAAGUGUGUCUGUACAGACGCUGAUAGACCCACUACCACCGGGGCACCUGUCGUGGUAGAAAAGCCAGUUAUAAGACCAAUGGGAGGCGGAAUCCCUAUUGGGGCCGCGGGUGGCGGAAUGGGUACAAGAUUCACCAUACCUGAAGAAUCACUGAAUAAACUUCCGCUUGGAUCUCCUGCUGAUGACAUUGAAUGCGAGAAUUGUAAGGAUCAAUGUCCUGAUUACGGGAAAUGUGUGGACUGCUUUGUGUUCUCUGGUUCACCUAUGCCUAAUGCAAUGUGUCGCCAGUUCUGUGGAGGAAGGCGUUUUGCACCAACUUUCAGACGAGUCCGAGGAUUCCCUGACAAUGUUAACAAGUGCACGUACAGAGAUGAACAAGGGUGUUUAAUGAAAUUCCAAAUUAUUCAUGACAGAUUCUUUGAAGUUUCCAUGAAGAAAGACUGCCCAACAGAACUUUGCCCACAAAACGCAACUUGUUCAUCGGAUUCAAGCGGUAAUGUCUGCAGUAACAAUGGAAUGUGUAAAUGCGGAAUGUGCGAGUGCAACCCUGGGUAUUACGGACAAACCUGUGAACAGUGCCAGAACUGUGGUGGAAAAUGUAAUGAACUUAAAUCCUGUGUGGCAUGUACAUCGUUCAGUGACUUCAGUGGCUACAAAGACGAGAGAGAAUGCAGAAUCAAUUGUGCAUCAUAUAAUAUUCAAGCCUUGAGUCCUUUCAUUCCUCAACGUUCUGCAAACUCCAAAAUGUGCCAAGUAUUUAACAAUAACAACUGCUUCUACACCUUCACAUACACGACGACAGGAAAUGACGUGACGGAAGUUAAUGUUCUUCAGCAGCAGGUUUGUCCUGAAUACGAGGGAAAGUAGCAGCAGAAAGGGCAAUGAAAUUAUACUUAUCAGACGAAGGCGUCUUGCCAGAAAUUCAUUGUAAAUUUUGCUUUUUAAUUCCUGAUGCGUAUCAUUAAGUUUACCAAAUAUACUUGGUUUCUAAUAAUUGACAACGAAUUUUUCUAUUAUUUUUAUAUUAAAUAAAUGUAUAUACAUGUAGAUUAGCAAUAAAUUUUCUUCAAAUAUUCAA